GCAGCUCUCGUUUCCACAGUGCGCGUGCGCGCAGGCACGGGCGCGCGGCCGUCGGGUCCCUGCGUUCCCUCCCCCUCCCUCUCGUCUAUAACUUGGCUGGCGAGGAGGAGGCGCCGCCGGAGUCGGAGGGCGGGGAGCUCGGAGGAGGGAGCAGGAGAGUUGUGGAGACUAGUGACUGGGAGAAGUCGAAGCCUGCUCUGGCCGGCGCCUUAUCGCUCUCCGUCUCCCUCUCUCACACACCUACUCCGCCCUGCGCCCCAGACCGCUCUCUUGCUCCUUCUCUCGCCUGGGGCUCCUGUCCGUCGCUCUCCGGAUCUUGGCGCGGCGGGGGCGCCCCGGGGGUGCCCUCGCCCUCCCGUUGCGGGCGGGCGGGCGGUAUGUGGCGCCUGGUGCCCCCGAAGCUGGGCCGCCUGUCCCGCUCGCUGAAGCUGGCGGCGCUGGGCAGCCUGUUGGUGCUGAUGGUGCUGCACUCGCCGUCGCUCCUCGCCUCUUGGCAGCGUAACGAGCUGGCCGACCGGCGCUUCCUGCAGCUCAAUAAGUGCCCGGCGUGCUUCGGCACGAGUUGGUGCCGCCGCUUCCUCAACGGGCAGGUGGUGUUCGAGGCGUGGGGCCGCUUGCGCCUGCUGGACUUCCUCAACGUGAAGAACGUGUACUUCGCGCAGUACGGGGAGCCCCGCGAGGGCGGCCGCCGCCGAGUGGUGCUCAAGCGCCUCGGCUCGCAGCGCGAGCUGGCGCAGCUCGACCAGAGCAUCUGCAAGCGUGCCACCGGCCGGCCGCGCUGCGACCUGCUGCAGGCCAUGCCCCGGACCGAGUUCGCGCGCCUCAACGGCGACGUGCGUCUGCUCACGCCCGAGGCGGUGGAGGGCUGGUCGGACCUGGUGCACUGCCCUUCGCAGCGCCUUCUCGACCGCUUGGUGCGCCGCUACGCGGAGACCAAGGACUCUGGCAGCUUCCUGCUCCGCAACCUCAAGGACUCGGAGCGCAUGCAGCUGCUGCUGACCCUGGCCUUCAACCCCGAGCCGCUGGUGCUACAGAGUUUUCCGUCUGAUGAAGGUUGGCCAUUUGCAAAGUAUCUUGGAGCUUGUGGAAGAAUGGUGGCUGUAAAUUAUGUUGGAGAAGAACUUUGGAGUUACUUUAAUGCGCCAUGGGAGAAACGAGUUGACCUCGCUUGGCAAUUAAUGGAAAUAGCAGAACAGCUUACAAACAAUGACUUUGAAUUUGCACUCUACCUCCUGGACGUCAGCUUUGACAAUUUUGCAGUUGGUCCUAGAGAUGGGAAGGUAAUCAUUGUGGAUGCUGAAAAUGUUUUGGUUGCUGACAAAAGAUUAAUUAGACAAAAUAAACCUGAAAAUUGGGAUGUGUGGUAUGAAAGCAAAUUUGAUGACUGUGAUAAGGAGGCUUGCUUAUCAUUUUCAAAAGAAAUUCUUUGUGCUCGUGCCACUGUGGACCACAAUUACUAUGCUGUUUGUCAGAACCUCUUAUCCAGACAUGCCACCUGGCGUGGCACUUCUGGAGGACUCCUUCAUGAUCCACCAAGUGAAAUUGCCAAAGAUGGCCGCCUCGAGGCCUUGCUGGAUGAGUGUGCCAACCCAAAGAAGCGCUAUGGCAGAUUCCAGGCUGCAAAAGAACUGCGUGAAUAUCUGGCACAAUUAAGUAACAAUGUGAGGUAGUUUAUGGUGAACAUUUCUUUUUUUCUCCAUUUAAACAGCACUGGCUAAAACUAAACCACCAAAAACUAUCUGAAAAAAUGAAAUUUGGAAGUAUUACAUUCAGAGAAUGAUAAACUUGCACUGAUAGAUAUUAAUGUUAACAUCCAUCAAAAUAUGACAUUACUUCAAAAAUCACAUGAUGCUUCUGCAAAAAAGUGUGUUCUUAUACUUUGGAGGCUUGAGCUGUCAGCAGCUGCUCGCCCCUACCCCGGAAUGCUUGAGUGGAUUAAUGAAUAUUGUUAAGCUAUUGGAAAUGAGUCUGAUAGUUCAUUGGCUUGUGUAUCAAAGGAUACUUGGUACUUAGUUUGCAUUUACUAUCAUGAUUUUGUGAAUCUCUUGCAUUUACUUUGAAUGUCAAGUUAGAUUGGCCCGUUUUAUAGGCCACUUUUUCCUUCUGAUGUGUAGGGUUUUUUUCCCCAUUUUUGUUAUUUUUUUAAGUUAAAUUUUGAACAUUCAGGUUACUGUAGGUGUUCAUUUAAAUUUUGGCUAGUUCUCAUUCAGUGCUAUUUGGUACGUUACUUACAGUUAGGGCAGGAUUCCCAGGUUUACUUUGUGUUUUUUUUUUAAAGAAACCUAAAUAUUAUGUAAAUACUUCUUUUCACCACCUUCUGUAGUUUCACCAUUGCAUGAUAUCAUUUCAGGUUAUUUAAAAGUUAUAUCCCUCAAUGUCAGCAAUUACAAGUGUAUACUAAACAUGAAGUUUGGCAUAUGUUGCAAAAUGUCAUUUUAUCCUUUACUAAAGACUUUAAGAAGAAUAUACUAGCAAUCUAUACCUUGAUGUUCAUUUUGAUUCAGAAAAAAAUACAAUCCAGUAUCUAAAAAGUGUUUACUAGUCCAAGAUAGUAAUGCAUAUGCCAAAGAAAUAUUACACCUAGUCUCAUGUUUAGAAUUUAAAAUAGAGUUGAUCACAUACUUAUUCUUACCACCCUACUUCCAGUAUUUUAGCUCUGUCAUUAUUAAAUUCAGAUCUUCCUGGUUAUUCUUUCUGUUGAAAGUUAAACUACCGCUUUCAAGUAAUUUAAAGUUAUCCUACCUUUUAUUCAUGGGUAGUUUUGCAAAAUUUACAUGGUAGCCAUUGUUUGAAUUUAAUCAGGCAUCAUACCUUUUAUUUAUUGAUGAACUAAUCAUUAUUACUGUAAAGCAGACAAGUUAGCCAGUCAGCCCACUUUGGUCUUCUUUACCUAAUGGUUAAACAUCCAAACAUCAAUUUUAAGUAUGUGGAUGGAAAUGUGUGGGCUCUUUAAAAAAUGUUAUAGUAUAUAAGUUGACUAUCACUAACAGGUAAUAUUUUUCUGUUUGAAGUUGUUACUUUUGUUUACAGCAAAGUUUUGAUGUAGUGUAUGGUAGUGAGUUCUGGACUGAUCUUAUUCUAAAUCAGAAAGUGAUUAAAGUAUGCACAACCAAAGCCAGGUUUUUUUUUUCCGUUUAUUCUGUAACUAUUUAUUAAGCAUCAACUCUGUGCCAGGCACGUUACUAGCUGCUACAUACUGUCUGAACAUGACAUACGGUUAAGUAACUUUACAAUUAUUAGCAAAUACUUCAGUGUAGAUAUUUCUUAAGUUGAAAUAGCAUUGACAAGGAUAAUGCUUUCAUGUUAUUUUGUCUUGUGAUGGAAAUUCAACUUGUACCAUCUAAAACUAAGUUGCUAUAAAAAUAGGAUGGGAUGAAGUCAAUGAAGUUAAUCCUAAUUUAAAAACUGAAAGGAACAGGUAAGAACUUUCCAUCAUAAAACAGUUGCAUUAUGUUAAUAUUACACAUUAGUGCAUUGCAUAUAUCAACUGGCCCUCAAUGAAGCAUAUAAGUGCUGGGAAAUUUACUAAACUGACCCUUUUUGCAACUUUGGGAUAUUUUUGAGGGGAGUAGUUAAAAUUGUCAAACACUCACCUCUUACUCAUAACUUCAAAUAAAGUACACUUUUUCAAAAGGGAGCACCUUUUAUAUUGAUGAGUUUUCAUUAUAAACCUUACAAUACCAGUCACAAAGAGGUCGUCUGUCUACAGUUCAGUGAACAUUUGCUUUUCUUUUUGGAAGUGUGAUUGCGAUUGCAGAACAGCAAGUGAGGAAACACUGCCAGCAGUGAUAGCUACUUGAGGUAGUUUUUUAUAACUACCAUUCCCCUCCAUGAAAUUAUGUGAAAUUUAUUUUAUCUUUGGGAAAAGUUGAGAAGAUAGUAAAAGAAUUAGGAAUUUUAAAUUACAGGGAAAAAUAUUAAAGUGAAAAAGCAAUAAGUAUUUUGUUCACUUUGCUAUCAAGAUGUUCACUAUCAGAUAUUUAUUAUAUGGCAGCAAUUUAUAUUUUUAAUCAUUGCCCAUUAAUAGACACAGUAAAAUAUUUUUGAAUCAGACAUUUGGGGUUUGUAUGUGCAUUAAAAUUGUCUUUUGUACUGUAAGUUACUGUUAAUUUGAAUAUUUUAUCAAACUGUCUCCCUGUGCCUUUAUAAUAUAAAGUUGUUUCUACAACUUUUAAUGAUCUUAAUAAAGAAUACUUUAAGAAUCACA